AUGUUGCCGCCGACGAACGGCGCCGUCUCGCUCGCGUUCCUGCACAUGGGCGGCCCGCUGUCGGACGCGCUGCUCUUCCCGUUCGACGGCCUCUCGUGCGACGACUUCGCCCUUCCUGCUUCCAUCGCCGCCCCGCAGCCUCUGCUCCCCGACCCCGCGCCCCUCCUCUUCCUCCCGCCGUCCUCCGGCAACAGCGAGCACGCGAGCAGCGGCAUGGGCGCCGUAGCGGCGCGCACGUCGGCCUCCACCGAGGUGACCCCCAUCAUCAGCUGGGGCAGCGGCGGCGGCGGCGGCGGCUCCUCCGCCCGGGCCGUGCGCUCGCCGUCGCCGGCGCUGCCGCUGGUGCAGGGCACCGGCCAGAGGACGUCCUGCUACCGCGGCGUGACCAGGCACAGGUGGACGGGGCGGUACGAGGCGCACCUGUGGGACAACACGUGCCGGCGAGAAGGCCAGAAGCGCAAGGGGCGCCAAGUUUACUUGGGUGGCUAUGACAUAGAAGAUAAGGCUGCUAGGGCAUAUGACCUUGCUGCUCUGAAAUAUUGGGGUGCUAGUGCUACCACUAACUUCCCUAAACAAAGUUACAUCAAAGAGAUUGAGGAGAUGCAAAACAUGAGCAAGCAGGAGCUUGUAGCCUCACUGAGGAGGAAGAGCAGUGGUUUCUCUAGAGGUGCAUCGAUCUACAGAGGUGUAACAAGGCACCACCAACAUGGCCGCUGGCAAGCAAGGAUUGGUCGUGUUGCAGGCAACAAGGACUUGUAUCUCGGCACAUUUGCGACCGAGGAAGAGGCAGCGGAGGCGUAUGACAUUGCAGCGCUGAAGUUCAGGGGUGUCAACGCUGUCACCAACUUCGAGCCAAGCCGAUACAACCUGGAAGCAAUCUCUCAGAGCGACCUUCCGAUCAGCAUAUCCGGAAGGCGGCAGAACAGCAGCAAUAAGCCAGCGCCAGAAGCAGAAGGCCACAUCACUCUGAGCAGCCCUCCGAUCUCCCAGCAGUCGAGCAACAGCGGCAGCGCGGCGCCUUGUCUCCUCCACAACCUCCUGCAGUUCCAGCCAUGUGGUCCCCCACAGGCUCUUCCGCUGCCAGGAUACAGCUACGCAGAGCCCGGCUUCUGCUGGCCCUUCGGCGAUGGAGAGCAGAAGGUGCAGCUCAACAGCAAGGUUGAAAUGGCUAAUGGCUUCUUGCUUCAUCUGGGCAAUGCUGCAAACUGA